AUGUACUAUGCACAUGCAACAAGGCGCACGAGCACAGCGCAUCAGAAGUGCUCCAAAACUGUGUGGGUGACAAACUGGCUUAGCCUUGACUUUUUAAUUUAUUUAUUUUUAACUCGGUCGCACUCGGAGAGAACAGAAAUCCUGGGUCCACUCCGUGCCGGCAACGCAGCAGAGAUGGACCAGGUAUCCAACCCCUCAGGAGUGGUCAGUGAUGAUAUUACAGAUGAGUCGACAUCCAUGGUGGAUGUCAAGUGGAGCUCUGAUGAACAGAGCUCCGACCCUCAGGGACAGUGUCUUGCAGUACCUCAAACUCCUCUGCCGACAUACAAACAGAGGUUGGAUGAAUUUAAGAAGUUGUUCAAAGAACUGCCGGAGUCAGAGAGACUCCUAGUGGACUACCCGUGUGCCCUCCAGCGGGACAUCCUCCUUCAGGGACGCCUCUACCUCGCAAAGAACUGGAUCUGUUUCUACAGCAAUGUGUUUCGGGGUACGAAGAUUAUACUGACUCUUAAAGACAUCGUGACUAUGACCAGAGAGAAAACGGCUCGUCUGAUUCCCAAUGCCAUCCAGAUCUGCACAAGCACAGAGAAGUUCUUCUUCACAUCCUUCACGGCAAGAGAGAAAAGUUACCAGGGUGUUUUCCGCAUGUGGCAAAACAUGCUGUUGGACAAGCCUCUGACCAAUUUGGAGUUGUGGCAGAUGGUCAAACAGCAUUAUGGGAAUGACCUCGGCCUGAGCCAUGAGGAGAUGGAGAGCUUACAGUUAUCAGCAGAAUCGAGCAUGCAGACCAGCCUGAUGGUGAGGCCUAGUGGUGACGAUGGUCCGGGGAGGCUUGAACAGCCUUCUUCCCUCCGCCUCGCUGGGAUGGAGCAUGGGCCUUCAGACACCUCCACUCCUCAGGGGGAGGACUUGCCUUCCCUUCUCGGCUCGCAGAACUCUCCCAACACGAAGGAUGACCCUCGCGGCAGCCCGUCUCAGCGGCGCAGCCCUGCUCCCUCGCUGGACCGCUUCGCCCCAGAGCGGGCUUCCAAACCAUCCUCGCUCUCUCUCGACCUCAACGCCAACGAGAACGAUGACGUGUCCGAGCAGAGCGGUUCAGAAAGCAUCGAGGACGUGGAUGAGCGAGUGGGUUUGCCCCAGGUGCAGGGUCGACUCUAUCUGAACAAGGUGUUCCACAUCAGCGCCAACAAGAUGUUUGACUUGCUCUUCAGCGACUCCAGCUUCACCCGCAGGUUCAUGAACAUCAGGAAGACAACCAACUACAGCUUUACUGCUUGGCAAAAAGACGCCUCAGGAAACAUGAAGAGGAAUCUGAACUACACAGUAACCAUCAGCAACCCUCUGAUUGGCAAGUUCUCCACCGCUACGGAGAACCAGACGCUGUACAAAGAAUACAGGGAUGGUCAGUAUUACCUGGUGGACUCCGAGGUGUACACUCAUGACGUUCCCUAUCACGAUUACUUCUACAUUCAAAAUCGGUACUACAUCAUAAGUAACUCAAAGCGGAAGUGUCGACUAAGGGUUUAUACCGACGUGAAAUACAAGAAGCAGCCGUGGGGCCUGGUCAAGUCUUUCAUCACCAAAAACUCCUGGAGCGGCAUUGAAGAAAAUUUCCGACAGCUGGAGGCAGAACUGCAGGAGGAGGAAGCAGAGAUAAAUCAAGGAGGUGGCGACUCUGUUAAGACGGGUGGGCUUCGGAGGAGGAGGCGCACUUAUAGCCGGACUCUGCCAGAGCACAUGAAGCCCAACAAGCAGUACAGAAAAGACCCUGAACAGCACAGAGAGGGCAACAUGGGCCCCAUAGAAAUGAACAACCUGCACAAAUGGAACACUACGACCAUAGUGGCUGGCAUGAGUUUGAUCUUGCUGAUUCUGGUGGUGAUGAAUCUGGGUCUGUUUUUUAAGUUGUGGGCGAUGGAGGACGUAGCCCAACGCAUGUACCUGAGCACAAAGCAUCGGCUGAGGGACAGGAGUGAGGCCAGCUUGGCCGCUGAAUAUGGGCCCAAACAGGAACCAGAGUAUCGGACCAGAGAGGAUGUGCAGCUGCUAAAAAAUGUACUGCAGGACUCCAUCAACCUUUUACAACAGCUCCGCAGCUCUCUGGUGAUGCUCCAGCAAACCUUUGCUUUGGCCAAUCGCACAGCAGCGGCACCACAGUGAUGCUCUUCACCUGGAGACUGCAGAAUGCUUGUCCACGACCCUGUGGAGGGGGAAAAAAUAAAUAAAAAGGACUGCAGUAGUGAACUGCCUCUGAGGAAGUCUCUGGUAUCCAGUGACGUUGCCAUGUAGGCAUCCCCAGACCACUGACGUGUCUUUUGUUGCCAGAGGUUACCGGUCCCAAAGCCUGUGGCGCGGCGUCAGGUGCCAGGAUGUUUUCAAAGCUGUGGACUGACUGCUGCGAGGACAACGUUGCAUCAGUGGUACAUGGAGCAGUAGGGUUAGGGUUUCUGUAGGGUGCUAUUUUCAGCUCCCUCGGCUGGCGUCUUUUUUACUCUUUCCUUAAAUAGUGGCAUGGCAAAACACCUUGCUAUGUGCUGAUGAUCGUGCCACACCAAAUGAACUAUUAGAAAAAAGCUUUUAUUUUUGUUUUAUUCUGGAGAUGUGAAUCAAUAUUAUUUAAAACUAUUUUCUUUAUGUACUUUUUUGCACAUUUUAAUUUUUGCACAAGUACCUCGUAGAUGUGUUUUUAUAAUACUGUAUAUGAGCCAAAUCUGGUGAACAGAAGGUACUGCUGACGGUGGGUUUUUUUUUUGUUUUUGUUUCGCACCACAUAUACAUAUUUGAUUUUCCUCAUUCGGUUGUACAUGUGUAAUCACAGUUUUUAUGAACUUUCUUUUUUCCCUUUCUUGUUCUACACUGUGAACCAAGUAUAAUAUAUUGGUUUAAUUUUAGAUUAAACCAGGUGUGUGGGCAGUGGGAUUAUCUCAGGUUACCUCAUCACUUCGCUCUUACACUGUCAACACUAGAUGCAAGUUUGCUCUGUGAUUUCCAAAUUGACAUGAACACUAUUGUAUUGUUUUUAAAUCAAUUGUUGGUGACAUGCCCCUACAAUUGCCUUGUUUGAUGUUUACAGUGAUGUCACCCUUUUCUUUUUUCAUGUUUUUACUUAAAACAGACUCUGCGAGCAACCACUUGUUUAAAAUUAGUUGCUUUUUUUUUGUACAUUUUCAGCCAUAUUGCAAUUAAUAAACAAAAUGUAUUGCCAGAAUCAUGAGUAGUUCCAACAUUUUGAAGGUACAACAUAUUAGAGCUGCAAAUGUUUUGCAUACUUUCUUGAUAUAAAAAUAUCUCAAUAUUAUAUUCGUCUAUAAAAUGUCCAUCUAAGCAGCUAAACAUCUUUAGCGCCUUGUUUUGUUCGACCAACCAACAAAGAUGUAGUUUACUAUCAUAGGAGACAAAAAAAACAGCAAAUAUAAAUAUUUUAGGAGCCGAUCAUUUUAAUCAUUUCACUUUAGAAGUUACUGAAAUGAUGAAUCAAUUAUCGGACCACAGAGAGAAGCUUGCAGGCUAAAAACAAGCUCAUGAUUAGAUAUUGCCUAUUAAAUAGUCUUUGGGAAUUAUCUGUUAAUUAUUCUUAAAAUUGUUCUUGUGCCUCAGAACAAAGGGAAAUAACCACGAGUCUGACGAGACUAAGUACUAGAAUUUAUUGUUUUAAGCCAAAAGGACUGAUUUUUUUGUUUUUGUUUAGUUGUAUGAUGCUGGGAACAGAAGCGGAAAACUAAAUUGGAGUAAAACCAAAUGUGUCUUUGUCCCUUUUGUCACAGGUGUAAUACAAGACUAUUGAGACUGUCUUUAAUUAUUGACCACUAGCAUGUCCUUGUGUACUCCUAGAGGAAAUUACAUAUUGCCUCUGUAGGCUGUCCUUAUAUCUGAUGGUGGCAAUUAGUUUAUAUUGAAAAUCUACUGUUGUAUACUGUAUGUAUGGACUUUAAUAAAAGUUAAUGCAAUAGCUA